GAAGAUUUCGGUACAAAACUUUGAUUUUCAUCCUUGUUUGUUGUUGCUGAUUCUCUUGGAGGAAUUCCUUCUUUAGGUGCGUUCGUAUCGUCUUUUCCUGCAAUUCUCUCAAUUUCGGCUAGUUUUUCCGUGCUUUUAUUUGUUUUUUCAUCUCUUUUUUCAUCCAAGGAUUUACUAAACUUCGUUUCUUUCUUCUGGUGGUUUCCUUUGUCAGCUUUGCUUUCAUUUUCCAACUUCAAUUUUUGCAUCUGCUUUUCCAGAAAAGAAAUUCUACCGCCGCCAGGUCUAUACCGAGGAAUAUCUUCUGGAGCAACAUAUCCUGGUCUCACUUGUAUUUGUUGCCUCACACUUCCAUCUUUCCUUCUGCUUUCUGGGAUAACGAAUUUGCCUUCUACCAAACGCGCUCUGUCAUCGAUUAGUAAUAAAUUCUGCAAUUCCGCACAAACAAACCCAGAAAAAGACUUUUUCCCCUCCAUUAGGGUGUAUAUUUUACCUUUACUCAAUCUCUAAAGGCUAAAUUCGGUUCUUGGUUUGUCGUUUAAGUGUUGCAGUGCCAAAAUCUUCUGUCCCCCAAAAAGACCAUUAUUUGCUUUCGCAUAUCGUUAAAGCUCUACUUUUGUUAUCUUUUAUUUUUAUGUAUUUUUAAAUAUAAAGCAUUGAUCAAUUCUCUUGUCGAUUAGCAUGCCAUGGUACCGAGCGAGACGAACCGACCUUUAUCUCGAUGUGCUCUAAUACGCAGACGGUUGCUGCUGUUUCUUCAAUCCCAUGCGUUGAUGUACUCUUUUAUGUGGUCUGAAUCAGCUAAAAAGUCUCUACUUAACGAAGUAUUUUCUGCACUUCUGGGUUACGAUCAUACUCUAUGGCAAGCUCUCUUACCAGAAAAGCCUGUUAUCGACUAUGAUUUUAAGCUACGUUAUGCUCAGGGACAUAGAGAAGGUGAUGAAUAUCGUCCUGGUGUAUGCGGUCUUUCUUGUGGUCGUAUAUUCAAGAAAGGUGAGGUCUUUUAUCGGUGCAAAACUUGUAGUGUUGACAGUAAUUCUGCACUUUGUGUGAAAUGUUUCCGCGCUACAGACCAUCAUGGACAUGAGACCUCCUUUACGAUUAGCGCUGGAAGCGGAGGCUGCUGCGAUUGUGGAAAUUCCGCUGCUUGGAUUCGUGACAUGCCAUGCAAAAUCCACAAUCGUUUACAAAAUUCAGAUAAAAUCCAAAGUGACAGUCAAACAGAAAUGAAUGAAAAAGUGGCAUCGAGUAUUCAAACAACAGUAGAAUGCGUACUGGAUUUUAUUCUCGACGUAUUCCGCUGUAGCCCUGAAAACCUGAAAAAGAUGCCAACUCAUGAAUCUAUCAUUGAAGACGAACGCUCUAGUCGGUUGAGCGAAGACAAAUACGGAGAUGUUGAUGAUUCUUGUAAUCUAUAUUCUUUAAUACUUUGGAACGACGAAAAACACUCCUUCAAGCAAUUUUAUGAACAAAUAACUAUCGCAUUUGAUGCACCUAACGACUCAUUUGGACAGCGACUAUCAAAUAUAAUUAAUGAUACCGGAAGAGCUUGUGUGGUGACAGACUCAAAUAUUAAAGAAUUAUUAAGAAUUGGUCACAGACUCGCACAAAUUAAUUUGACCGUAACUAUACGAUCUAUGAGGGAUACUUUUCGCGAGGAAUGUUGCGGUGUUUUAUUAGAAUGGCUUGCUGAUAUCGCUGGAAGCAAAGUAUGCGGCGAUGGAAGUUAUUUCAGAACUGUAAUCUGUAAAGAACUUUUAAGGCCUUGGGAUUGCGGCUUACAAUCAAAUUUUCAUUUGAAAUCUUCAUCCUAUACAGGAUCCGAAAUAGUCGCAAUAGAUAAUCCAGAUGCAUUCCUUAGUGAAACUCUUGAUCGCUCCGUACAAAGUUUAUUACAAUCCAGUAACGAGAAUUCUGAAAACGAAAUAGAUAUGGAUCCCUUUCAGAAUGGUACCUCGCAUUGGACACCCUCUUAUGUACUGAAUAACAAACAUGAAGGGUUAUCAAAAACCCGAUUUGACUACUUUUUCUUAUAUGACCUGAAGCUUUGGAAAAGCUUAAGAUACAAAUUGCAAGAACUUUACUUGGGUUAUUUUAUCAAUGUGCCAGGGUUCAAAGAAAUCAUGGGUGCCCGUAUCGCUAUUUUGUAUCGGAGGCUGGCCGAGCUAUUCCUGCUUUUAGACAGAGAACCUGAGCAUUCAGUUAUAUUUUUUUCAAUGCAAAUAUUCACUGUUUUUGGAAUAGCAAGAGUGUUGAUUAGCGAUUUUGAUUUUUUGACAACUGUAAAUGCAACUCUUUAUACUUUUUUUACGUAUAAAGUCUUGACUGCCCCAAACUUUGUUGAUGACCGGGCUAUCAUACGACUUGAUUCCGCUGCAUUUCAUUCUCGUAGGUAUAUUCAUAUUUUUCAUCACAUACAGUUUAUGUUGGGGAUUGAUUGCGUUGCCGAAACAGUCCGGGAGGACGAUCGCUUUUUGAAGCAAUAUGUUGACUUUUUUUCUCUUUUCCAAGGUAUGAGUCCUUAUACUCGUGCAAUUUCACAACAUGUUGAAUGGGAAAGUGAUUCAUGGAUGUACGUUUUGAACGUUAGUCUGCAAGUAGCAAAGCUUUGUAGACACGUAGGAAAUGUUUUCGCUGAUUUAGAUUCUAAUAAACUUAAGAUCGCAAUUGAUUAUUUAAUUCAGGCGAUAAUACAGCCAAGAAAUCGUCCUGCUGACUCUUGGAGUAACACUGAACCGUCAACGACCGGAACGUGGAAGGAUACGACUGGGGUUACUCACUUGAUUGAAUAUGAUAUUUCUUUCCAACCUAUUUCAUUUCACCAUCCAUUACAUUGGUUACUAACUUAUCUAUUAUCGUUCCAUAUGCAAAAAGUUGACUAUGAGAAAGUCUGGUCUGAAAGUGAUCUUUUACGAGUUGUAGAUCACCCAUUAAGGGUUUGCGCUUGGCUUAGCCAAAUGCGUUCGAAACUCUGGAUAAGGAAUGGAACGACACUGCGUGAUCAAGCACAUCACUACAGGAAUCUAAGUUUCCAUGAAUAUACAUUUGAUUUGGAUCUUAUCUUGCUGCAACUCGUCUUGGUAUAUGGUAAUCCUGAUGUUGUUCUUCCUAUAUACAUAGAAAGAUUUCAACUUUGUGAUCAAUUUAUCGGUAAAUAUUUUGUUCCACAUAAGCAUUAUGAUCUGCCUCAAUUAUCAAGCAUGCUUGAAGAGUUUAUGCUUUUGCUUAUAUCUUUAGUGAGUCAUACAUUCGUGUUGGACAAGUGGAGUAUGUGUUAUUGCAUAAAAUAUGAAAUCGCACAUCUACUUUGCUUUCAGUCUUUAUCGUAUUCGGAAAUAACCAAACGUGUUUGUGAACACUUUUUAAAUCACAAAGAUUUUGAGAAGACUUUACAUGAAAUAACAGAUUUUAAGCCAGCCGAGGGUAUAAACGAUACUGGAACUUUUGCUUUGAAGGAUGAGUACUAUAACUUGGUAGACCCCUUUAGUAUUCAUUACUCAAGAAAUCAACGUGAAGAAGCGGAAACAAUACUUAGAAAAAAAUACGCAAAAAGACAUGAUGAACAAUUGGAUGAUGUUGUGUAUGAAGCCCAUUACCCUAUAAUUACAUCUACAACAACUCUUCACGUUCUUCAGAGUGAUGCUUUCCUGUCGAUUUUAUGGCAUUCUAUAAAUUACGUUUACUUAUACCCAUCUGAUCAAGGUAAAUGUGAAGGUCUUUUAAUGACAACUUUGCAUGCUUGCUUAGUUGCAUUAAUUGCUGAAAGAGAUGACGAACCAAGGUUCGCCUUGAAGCUUUGUGAAACAAAGUUUCCUGUGGUUACAGGGCUCAAGCAGUAUUGUAACUCUCCGGAUGUUUCCCUAUUUACAGUGCUGUAUCAGUUAAAAGAUCAUACUGACUUUGAUUUCGCAAGAAAAAAGCUUGAAUACUUAUUGUCUAUCUUGAAAGAGCGGAUCCCUUCAUGCUACGAGAAGUUAUAUCGGGAGACAAUAACUGUUUCUUCUUCCAAAGUCGUUCAGUCAUUAUCGGAGGCCGAACAAUCAGAGCAACGUCAAGCAAAGAUUCGUUUAGCGAAAGAACGCCAGCGGCGUAUUAUGGAACAAUUUCGUUUACAACAAACUAAGUUCUUAGAAAACAAUACAGACUUUGAAGUAUCUGAUUCAGAAAUGGAUGACGCUGAUACCUCCUCAAUUACCAGUUCACUUAGUACAAGGUUGUUUUUGGAACCUCCAGUCGAAUCUUGCUUGCUGUGUCAAGAGGAACUUAAGGAUAAACGUCCUUAUGGCACACUUGCAUUCAUUCAAAGGAGUUCUGUAAUUCGAUUUCUUCCCUCUAUCGAUACUGAUUAUUCACAUGAGAUCUACGAUUUACCUGUCAACUUGGACCGCAAAGUCUCAUCUCGUCCGUAUGGUAUGGCUGCUUACAAUAAACAUAAUCUAGAUAGUGUUGAAAAUUAUCAUUCACACACUUCAGGGAAUUCCUACUCAGAAUCUGAAGGCCUCGACGAUUUAGAAUCAAAAGAUGUUCUAAAAGGAUUUCCUUCGGACUCUUUGGAUCGAGGGUUGUAUGCUAAUAGUUGUGGACAUUUAAUGCAUAUUGAUUGUUUCAAAAAUUUAAUGACUUCUGUAACAUUAACUACCCGAUCAAACCCUUAUCGAAAUCACCCUCAUAAUUUAAGCAUGAAAGAGUUUUUGUGUCCAUUAUGCAAGGGACUUUGUAAUACAAUUUUACCCAUUCUUUGGAGGCCAAAGGAAGAACUGGAUUUCUCAAAAGUCAAAGUCAAUGACUGCGCUUUAACAUCAUGGUUAUUUUCUACUUCUGUGAAAAACAAGUUGGUGCCGAAAAAUCAAUCGUAUCCUUCAACUACAACCUUUGUUCAAAAUACUGGUUCAUAUAACCCCAACUUUUUGGAUGUUUUGCAGAACACAUUUAAAGAUUCAUUGAAAGACGUGUAUACCCUUAACGCUGGAAAUAACUCUACAGAAAGCCUAACACCGCAUUCAGAUAGUUAUCUAUCAAGCGCAGCAGAGUCUUCACCUUUUAAAUCACUUCCGCAUGAAGGAAGGUCCUUAGAAGAUCGCUUCAUUGUUUCUGAAGACAUAUUUGAAUUAUAUCGUCGACUAAAUGAAGUGGUGGACUUAAAUUCUUCACUUUACUCAAGCGAUUAUCUUCCUUUAAAUGGUAAGAUAACCAAUAUCUUGAAGCUUUUUUCUUAUACAUUGACUCAAGUCGAAUUAGCUGCUCGAGGGAACGUAAAAGGGAGCAACAGUACAUUGUCAAACGUUUGGAUUUACGAUAUCAGUAAGAAACAACAAAUUUUUUUACGCGUCCUAUCAGAAACAAUGAAAACGUACACGCUUUUAUGCGCCCAUGACUCCGAAAAAAGCAUAGAUGGCUUGAUGCAAGAAUAUGAAUUUAUUAGCUAUUGCCAACAAAAAAGGGUAUUCGGAAAAGUUUUUCAUUCAUUGGAUUCUCCUCUUACAAAUGCAAUAAGUGAUGAUAGAGUUGAACCUCUAUUACAGAAGGAUCCAUUUCGCGAAUUUGCAGAAGCAAGUGUUUCUGGUCUUAUAAUCUGUGAAGAGUCAUUUCAUGCUUUGACUCAACUUUAUUAUUUGUCCGACAUUAUUAGGAACUUAUGGGUUUUACUUAGAAGCAAAGUGGCAUUGGUACAACUCAUGCAUAAUCGGUCUAGUGGAAUAGUAGAUUCGACGAGGCUUAAAGGGUUUCAAUUACUGGUAUCUCGUGUUUGGGAAUGGAGUGGAUUGGCUAGAUAUCCUAAUAAUCCUGGGUAUCUAAAUAUCAAUGAUUUAAAUGAUUAUCGACUUCUAUCUCUUCUUUACCACUUUGUGGAAAAGUUUGAGCUUGUUUUUCUAAGAAAGUCUGCAUUGCUAUGGUACUGUCGUUAUGGAGUAUCUUUUGAGGAGCAAUCAAUAGGGGACGAUGCGGCUUGUGAGCAGAAGCGCCUAGAAAAUCGACUUCACUUGGAUGAUGUAGAAAACUUAUCAAAUAAGUUAUUGAACACGAAUGAUUCCCAGGAAUGGUCUAUCGUGGAAUAUUGGUGUAAAUCAUUUGCGUUAAAUGACAGCCUGUGCGAAUCCCCUCGUUUAUAUAGCCCUUCUAUUCCAGAGUUAGUUCCCUUACCCUUUGAGCACGAUAAGUUAUUCGAACUUCUUUUAGGGAAAAAAUGCUCCAGGUGCCUUUCUGAGCCAUUAGAGCCGGCCAUCUGUUUAUUCUGUGGACAGUUUUUGUGUUUCCAAAGCCAUUGUUGUGCAUUAAAUGGUAUUGGUGAGUGCAAUUUACAUAUGCAGCAAUGUGCUGGAGAUGUUGGAAUCUUUCUCAUUGCCAAGAGAUGUGCAAUAUUAUAUCUAAAUCCGCCACUCGGCAGCUUUGCAGUUGCUCCUUUUUUGGACAUCUACGGUGAACCAGAUCUCGGUUUACGACGAGGUCGUUCUCAGUACUUGUCCCAAAAGCGAUAUGAUGAAACCGUCAGAAACAUAUGGCUAAAUGGUUUUGUACCUUCUUUCAUUGCAAGGAAGCUGGAUGGUGUUAAUGACACAGGAGGUUGGGAAACUCUUUAGCAAUUCUAUCAAAAUUUGCUUUAAAAAUAUUUAUUGGCAACUGUACUAUAAUUCUGCUAGGAGCUUACAGUUAGGUUGAAUUUCAUUUACUGGACUUCAAACACAUUUUCAUUGUACGUUAUCCUUAAUCUUUUCAUGCAUUAAAC